AUGCCUCUGAACAUCCCCUUCUUUCGGGGAAAGCCCUCAACGCCAGACGAUGUCGUUGGAGAGCCAAUCGAGCCGGCCAUAACCACCUCUUCUGGAGAGAAGGAGAAAGCGACGACGACAGCGACAGAAAUAUCUGACGUUGAGGCAAACAACAGACUGGAACUCUACCGUCGGGCACACAAAUGGGAUCCUAAUCUCGGGAAUGAUACUCUUGAUGAGAUCUCUACUGCUACUGCAUUACAUGACUCUGGUGCACAGAGCAAAGUCCUUGGUAGUGUUAUUGAUAAUUCACCUUAUCCAGAGGUAAGGGCAGCUGUACGGAACUAUGACGAAGACCUCCCCGCAAGUACUGUUCGUGCCUGGGUAAUCGGGAUGCUCUUAACAACUAUCGGCUCUGGUUUAAAUAGUUUGUUUUCCCUCAGAGCUCCCGCCAUCAUCAUCACCUCGGUUGUCGCUCUCCUGGUUUCAUACCCCAUAGGUGUUGCUUGGGCAAAGAUUAUGCCGGCAAGAACCUUUAAUACCUUUGGAAUGAAGUGGAAUUCGAACCCGGGGCCAUUUAACGUCAAAGAACAUGUGUUGAUUGUUGUUAUGGCCAAUGCAUCUUUCGGAAAUGGUGUCGCAUACUUUACCGAUACUAUCCAGGCGCUGAAGGCAUUCUACCACACUGACUAUGGCUGGGGCUUUUACGUAUGUCUUGCUCUUAGUACCCAAAUCGUUGGCUUUGGGAUAGCUGGCCUUGUUCGGAAGGUCCUCGUCGAACCAGCUUCCAUGAUUUGGCCACAGGAUUUAGUCAGCGCCACAUUCAUCUAUACUCUGCACGAUAAGUCACCAACCAACCCUACCGAAACCAAUGGUUGGACGAUUGGACGUUAUCGAUACUUCCUGUACGUCUUUGCGGGCUCAUUCAUCUGGUACUGGUUUCCAGGUGUUAUCGCCCCGUGCUUAAGUGUUUUUGCAAUUGUUACCUUCAUAAAACCAAAAAAUGUUAUUCUUAAUCAGCUAUUUGGCGGCUGGACCGGCCUUUCACUUAUUCCUAUUACUUUUGACUGGACACAAGUAACUGGUUAUAUCCAGAGUCCUCUAAUUGCCCCCUGGCACGCAAUAGGAAACACUCUUAUUGGCACGAUUGGUUUAUUCAUCCUAGUCACCUGUGGGUUGCACUACUCCAACCACUGGUAUGCACAAUACCUUCCAAUUAGUGACUCUACCACGUAUGACAAUACGGCCAACCCAUAUAAUGUUUCAAAAAUAUUGACGCCCGAAUUCACACUCGAUGAGGAGAAAUACAAGGACAGCCGCGGUGAUCUUGAUGAUGUUCACACUCGCAUGAUGAAGAAGUAUAAGAAUGCCCCAUGGUGGUGGUAUAUAAUUCUGCUUACAGUCUGUGUUGCCCUGUGUCUCGUUACCUGUCUUGCUUUUCCUACUCACCUCACCUGGUGGGGUUUACUCAUCGCCCUUCUUAUCUCGCUUGUUAUGACUAUUCCAAUCGGUGUGGUACAGGCGACGACAAAUAUUCAGCUGGGGUUGAACGUUUUCACGGAGUACAUCAUCGGUUACAUGCUCCCGGGAAGGCCGCUUGCGAUGAUGUUGUUCAAGACCUAUGGCUACAUCACCAUGGUUCAAGCGCUUUCUUUCGUCCAGGAUCUAAAGCUUGGUCAUUACAUGAAAGUACCUCCACGAUCUCUGUUCUGGGGACAACUUGUUGCUACGAUAUGGUCGUGUUUCGUCCAGCUUGGUGUGCAGAUUUGGGCCUUGGAUAAUAUCGCUGAUAUAUGCCAACCACACCAAGCCAACAGAUUUACAUGUCCACAGGGAAGAGUUUUCUUCGGCGCAUCUGUGAUAUGGGGUGUCAUCGGCCCCGCUCGUAUGUUCUCCGGAAGCGCUCUCUAUGCCAGCCUCCAGUACUUGUGGAUAGUGGGCGCGAUUGCUCCCUUCCUCUUCUACGCCCUCGCCCGCAUCUUCCCCCGUUCGAAUGCACGAUUCUUGAGCGCACCGGUUAUAUUUGGCAGUGGAUUGUAUAUUCCUCCCGCUACACCAUUAAAUUAUCUUGCAUGGUGCAUGGUUGGAUACGUUUUCCAAAGGUAUAUCCGCAAUAAAUACCGAGGAUGGUGGAUGCGUUUCAACUACAUCACCUCUGCGUCUUUGGAUGCUGGACUCGCCAUUUCCACAAUCGUUGUCAUUGCCGCCCUCAACUUGACAGGCGCCAAGUUCCCAUCGUGGUGGGGUAAUACAGGGUCUAUGAACACAUUAGACAACCUAGGAGCCGCUAUCCGACAGCCUCUCGCAAAAGGCGAGACUUUUGGUCCUAAGACAUGGUAA